UGAAGUAGCUUUUGUAAAGUUACCGAAAGCGCCGUGACGGAGAUGAAGAUGGAAAUGGUGUAAAACUUUUGACGAGUUGAACCGAAAGCGCCGUGACGGAGAUGGAGGUGGAGAUGGAGAUGAGGGCCGGGGAAGAAAUAGAGAUAGGACAAGACAUAACGCCACCGCUCCCUCCGCUUUCUUCCUCUCUCCACCACUCCCUCCUCUCAUCUCACUGCUCUUCCUGCUUCUCCCCUCUCCCUCCCCAACCCUUCCCUCCCCUCUUUACUCCUACCUUUCCCAACACUCCCUCCUCCUACUACUGCUCCUCCCUCUGCUCCUCCGCCGAUUCUCCCCUCCACGUCUCCAGCGCCGAGCCCUACCUUCUCCUGCUUCUCCAAUCCCACCCCUCCGCCUACCCCAACGGCGACUCCUCCGACCUCCGCGCCGCCCUCCGCCUCCUCCAAUCCCUUCCCGCCACCUCCCCCUACCCUCGCGUAGCCGGCCUCCUGACGAAUCGCCACAAACUCCUCCACCACCACGACCAUAGGGUUCGCGACGGCGCCAGAGCCAUGUUCCUCGCCAGGAAGAUGCGGGAUGAAUCUCCGAAUUUCUCUAUCGAUGCGACUAUUGCCAACGUUGCUCCGCACGACGCCGUAUUGGAGGAGGCCGUGCUGUCAUUGGUGCUAACGAACGCCGUGGAGGUGCAGGAUAAGACCGGGCGCACCCUUGGAAUUUCCGUCUACGGUCCCAGCUUCUGCUGGAUCAACCACAGCUGCUCCCCGAAUGCUUGCUACCGCUUUUCUUUGAUGACACCGCCAACGCCACCUUGUUGGCCCGAAACGGCGCUGCUGCGCAUUGUCCCCUUCGGCCGCUCCUCCGGUCGUGCCACACAAAUUGAGAAUGGUGUUUGUAGCAAUAAUGUGUUAGCAAAAGAAAGCCGAGGUUAUGGUCCAAGAGUGACGGUUAGGAGCAUCAAGAGAAUCAAGAAAGGCGAAGAAGUGACUGUUACUUACACUGAUUUGUUGCAGCCUAAGGCAAUGAGGCAGUCAGAGCUAUGGUCAAGGUAUCGGUUUAUCUGCUCUUGUACGCGAUGUAGUGCAUCACCCCUAACCUACGUGGAUCAAGCUUUGGAGGAAAUAUUUGCAGUCAAUUCCAACUCCUCCAGUUUGAGUUUAGAAAUAAACUUCAAUAGAGAUAAGGCAACGCAAUUGUUGAGUGUUUACUUUGAUGAUGCUAUUGACGACUACCUGUCGAGUGGCGAUCCUGAAUCUUCUUGUGAGAGGCUUGAGCAUGCGUUCACACAAGGACUCUCUGAUAUGCAAUUAGAUUGCAACGGAGAAACAUCUCAGCUGAGAUACUGGUUGCACCCAUUAAAUUACCUCUCCCUAAAUGCCUACACAACAUUGGCUUCAGCGUAUAAAAUCCGUGCAACUGACAUGAUAGCUUUAUGUUCUAAAAUGGAUGAUCAUCUGUUAAAAGCUUUGAACUUAAGCAGGACUAGUGCAGCAUACUCCUUACUACUUGCUGGUGCAACUCACCAUCUGUUCCGCUCUGAAUCGUCUCUAAUUGUAUCUGUUGCAAAUUUCUGGACAAGCGCAGGGGAGUCAUUGUUAACUCUUGCUAAAAGCUCAGUCUGGAGUGAGUUUGUCCACCGGGAUCUGCCUGUGUCAAAUCCAUGUUCCACUGCAAGUUAUAGAUGUCCAAAAUGCUCAUUGAUAGACAAAUUUGAAGCUUGUUUAUUCUAUGGUCAAGUUCAACAUGCAGAUUUUGACGAUGUCUCAAGUGAAUUCAUUGAUUGCGUCUCUAACUUUACACAGAAUGUUUGGAAUAUUUUGGCUCUCAGUUGCCAGUACCUUAGAUUGAUUAAGAGUCCUAUUGAUUUCAGUUGGCUUGGUACCACAAAAGAUUCCAGUGUAGGGGAAGUUCUGAUUCGGUCUAGUGGCACUAAAGCGGGUUCUUGUGGGACUGAGAGAAGCAUUUCUGGAAGUGAAGCAGAGGGAUACACAGCCCAGGUACGGAUAUGUAUUUUUAAGCUCGGUGUCCAUUGCUUACUAUAUGGAGGAUAUCUAGCGAGCAUAUGUUAUGGUAAUUCCCAUUUGACCUGUUAUGUUCGUAAUAUUUUAGAUAUGGAAGGGAUAUUAUUGAAUCCUUGUCAUGAACCAAAUUGAGUUUGAGAUCUUAGAAGUUAAAUUAUUCCUGUUUUGGUGUUAAUUGCUGUGUUAUUAUACUCGUUAAGAAUCUGUUAAAAAUGUUGGUUGCAUAUA